AUGACUGUGAAGUCACAGCCAGUUAUAGACAAACGCAGAAAUUUGGUCUGGUGCGGAUCACAUGACCACUACCUUUAUGCCCUUAAUUAUCGAGACCAUUGUUGUGUGUAUAAGCUUCCAUGUGGUGGGAGUAUAUUUGGGUCACCUUCAAUUGAUGAGGCCCGAGACAUUUUAUAUGUUGCAUCCACCAGUGGCCGUGUCACUGCUAUAUCUUUGAAGGUUCAACCAUUUUGUACUUUGUGGCUGCAUGAAUUGAAUGUUCCAGUGUUCGGAUCUCUCUCCAUUAGUUCUAAUGGAAAUGUCAUUUGUUGCUUGGUGGAUGGGCAUGUUCUUGCAUUUGAUUCUAGUGGAUCUAUUGUUUGGAAGGGUAAAACCGGCGGUCCAAUCUUUGCUGGAGCUUGCAUAUCUCAUGCACUUCCUUCUCAGGCGCUCAUAUGUUCAAGAAAUGGAAGUGUUUAUUCAUUUGAACUGGAAGGUGGAGAUCUACUCUGGGAAUGCAGUGUUGGGGAUCCGAUUACUGCAGCUGCUUAUGUUGAUGAGAACCUGAAACUGGUAUCUGAUUCCUCCCUUUCUUCAGACAGGUUGGUCUGCAUUUGUGCCAGCUCUGGAAGCAUCCACUUGCUUAAAAUCAGCUGGGAUACCACAGGGCGGGUGCAUAGACCAACAGAAUUUGCAAGGUUGAAGCUCCAGGGAGACAUAUUCUCUUCACCAGUGAUGAUUGGUGGCCGGAUUUUUGUUGGUUGUAGGGAUGACUAUGUGCACUGCAUUGCUGUUGAGGCCCAGAGUUCGUUGUCAAACUAGAAGGUUAUACAACCCGUUUCACCUUACGUACCUUAAUCCUGACAAGUUAACACAAGUUUCACAAUCCUUCUGUGAUCAGGCGGCCAUGGAAUAGCAAAGCUUCCAACCGAAGCUGCAAGGCUCUGUGCUCUGAAUUCCCAAUCUUGUACUCUUUUUAACUUUCAUCGGUCCCGCCAUAUGAACCCAUCCUCUAAAAUAAUUAACAUUACCAAAUGCCUUUUACUGACAAGAUCAUAGUUUUUUUUUUUGUCAUGCUAUUUCUCAUUUUCAUUA